AGCCAGCUUCACAAUGAAUCUAGAGAAGGAUGUGUUUGCAGGGCUGGUCACCAGCAUGGCCUUUUUAACCGACUCUAUACUACUUGUCGGUCAAGGUCCUUGGUUGAAAGCUUUUGACGUACGCAAUGGCGAACUUUUAGCGAAAUCUCUUGUUUUGCCGGCAAACCGAAUUCACCGUCUUGUCUUAGAACCAAGAGGCGUAAAUGAUGAAGGAACGUAUGCUCAGCGAAGAAAGAUUCUGGCUUAUGGAGCAAAAACUCUCGCUGUCUUGACAAUUGAAUACAACAUCGGAAGCAGCUCACAAUUAACAGAUCAAAGUUCGCACCAUGCUGAAGGAAACGAUAAUCAGAAAACAGAGGUUGUGAUUAGGCAAGUUCAGCAGUAUGGACCCUUCACGGAUUGGAUUCAGGAUGUCCAAUGGUUAUAUGAGGAUGAUGAAAGUGGUGUGGAGGCAACAAAAAUUGCCAUGGCCUUUGCGCACAACUUUGUUGAAGUUUACGACAUAACUGCUGAAAGGCCCUCCAGAGUAUUUCGAGUUCAAUGCGAAGAACAAUGCAUCCUGUAUUCAGCACGGUUUUUCGGAAACACGCUAUCAACUUUGUACCUUGGAUCAGGAACGGUUUUCAAUGAAGUCCACGUAUGGAAGGUCUCUGACAAGAAUGAGGAAGGGUUUGCUCCAGUACAACAUCGAUUAGUUGGUCAUGACGGUGUUAUAUUUGGAAUCAGGUUCAGUGAUGAUGGAUCGUUACUUGUAAGCGUAUCGGACGACCGUACAAUUCGAGUGUGGGGUCUUAAAGACCAAAAGAGAAAGUACCAUGUCAUUUUUGGUCAUACUGCUAGAAUUUGGGAUUGUAUUAUGGUGGACCAAUAUCUUGUCAGCGUCUCUGAGGAUACAACAUGUAGAGUGUGGAAUAAUCCUUAUCUACAGGAGGAAGAUGAGCAAUCUGAUAGUGCAAUGGACUGCCUUGCCUGCUGGGAAGGUCAUGCUGGUAAAAACGUUUGGAGUUGUGCCGUAAGUCCAAACAAGAGACUUGUUGCCACAGGUGGACAGGACUCUGGUGUACGCUUAUGGUCACUGAAAGCGAUUCAAGAGAACCAUAUCGAAUCUGAAUCGGACUUGACUGCUAUCGACCUACCGGAGCUGGAGAGCUAUGCGCCUCAAUUGGAAGAUGCCAACGAAUUCAUGCGAAACUUCGUCAUAGUCGAUUACGAUGUAAUUGCCACCUUUACAAACCAAGGCUUUCUCCUUCGGUAUGACAAUGAUGAUCAAAAAUGGACGGCACUAUAUCAAGAUGAUGAUUUCCAGAAUUAUGCUGUUAUGGAAGCUUGUCGAGAAGGUCAAUUCGUUGUAUCCGGUGGUUUACAAGGGCACUUGUCUAUUUGUCACGCCUACUCUGCUUUUACUCCGCUCAAGCUGAAGGUACACAACUCCAAGGUUCUGAGUGUCUUUAUAUUUGAAUCGAAAGACAAAGGUGUUUUCUACAUUGUUAGUAUCGGUAUGGAGGACGAAUUUUACCUGUUUCGAUUCGAUAUGAGGAUCAUAGACGAGCCCAAAAUUAGACUGGUACACCGACUACAACGUUCCGAAAUCAAAACAACGAUAAUAUGUGCAACCAUUUCCGAAGACGACAGCCUUCUUUUGUGUGGAUCACGAGAGUCAGCACUAUUGAUUUAUCGAAUCCCUGGCAUCCAUAAGGAUGCUAGCGCAGAAGACCAGCCGACAUUGUCCACACUUGCUCUUCAGUUAAGGAGAACGCAUGGAAGACAAGCUGUGUCAUCAGUACUCGUCCGUCCACUUCCGGAGACAUCUUCGCAUAGUCCUGGUUUAAUCGUCUUGACUACUGGCAGAGACGGGUGCUUUAUUGAAUAUCGUCUUUUGAACAUCGCAUCUUCAGCUACCGAAGAUGGUCCAAAUAUGGAUAUUGACGCUGACAAAAUGGAUCUGGUGGAUGAUGACGAUGACUCAGAUGAGGGUCAAGAGAAGAAAGCACACGGAAAGUCUCUCCUUAUAGAGAAAGUAUACAAAAAUCGCGUAACUAAAGGAUGGGCAGAAGGAGCCAUGUACAUGGAUGGAGAGCUCUAUAUCCUUGGUUUCUUCAGAAAGCGUUUCUUUGUUUUCAAUGUCGCCAAAGGCUUUGAAAUGCUUUCAGUCGCAUGUGGUGGUGCUCACCGUGCUUGGCAUUUCUUGAACGACGAUCGCAAACUUGCCAAGUGCACGUUUGCUUUCUUCCGCAGAAACAAGGUUAAUACGUUGUUUAGAAAAUGUAUGCCUAGCACUGAAACCUUUGAAGCGAGUGUUCAGAGCAAUUUCCAUGGCAAGGAUGUUCGUGCUAUAACCUUCCUCGGUGCGGCAAUUGGGUGCCAGGAGAAGUUCAAAAACAUGCCCAUGAUUGUUGCAACAGGUGGAGAAGAUACACUUUUGCGACUAAGUCAAUAUGUCCCUGGGGAUUUGGAGGGUAGCCUCAUUAGCCUGCGAACUGUUCGAAAGCACUCUUCCGUCAUCAAGAGCAUCGUCUACUCAAUUGGAAAGGAGACUCUAUUGUUCACCAGCGGUGCAAGUGAGGAGCUGAGAUGUUGGAAAUUAGACUCGCAUCCACCACAGGGAACUUUGGCAUCCGAUUUUGAUCCUUCGAAAGACCUUCUUGAUAUCUCAUGCUUAGAAUUGGCUGCUAGUCCCUUGGUCAGUGACAUCAAGGAAACUCGUAUCAUGGACACGUCUGUAUUCUGUAUCGACGCUCAUCGAGGUUAUCAUAUUUUGGCUGCCGCCUACUCUGAUUCCACUACCAGGCUCUGGCUCUUUGAUGAGGUUGCCAAAAAGUUUUAUCUCAUUGCGGACGGUGUUUGGCAUAUGAAAUGCUUACUGCAGAUCCAGCAUCUACUUGUUGAAGACAAUGCUGGUGGCCAAGGAAUUAUAAUCAUUACCAGUGCAACGGACGGUAAAUUGGCAUUCUGGAAUGCUACGUCUGUUGUCAACCAAUUUAUAGAAUCCUACAAAGCGGGUGCAAUCUUAGAACUUGUCAAGCUACCUGAGCCAUUCUACUCAUACCAAGCACAUCUGUCAGGUGUGAACGCCAUCGACAUCAAGCAACAAGAAGAUGGAAGCUUCUGGUUGGCUUCAGGUGGUGAAGACAAUGCCUUUGCUCUCAAUUGGCUUGACAUUCGCUAUGAUAGUAGGGAGGACGUUCCUGCAUCGGCAACAGCUAAAGCGGAUAUAGCCAAGAUAGAAGGAGCACAUGCCUCCUCCAUUACAGGUGUACAUAUUGUUAACCGCCGUGUAUUGACUGUAUCAACUGAUCAACGACUGAAUGUAUGGGAUGUUGACACCACACAGGGUGUUAAACUCUCGUUGGGAGAUGCCCAUUACAUAGACGUUCCAGACCCAUCCGCUAUGGAUGUCACUGUCCACAACGACACUAUUGUGGUUGGAGUCACCGGUAUUGGAUUCCAAUUGUUAAAAUCUAAAAAGCUGAUGUAGAGUAUCGUCGCAAUCUUGUACACUAGAUAUAGACUUGCAGUUGGACCGAUGUAGGUUCAAUAAUAAACGUUUCAUUAUACAGAAAAA